AUGGCUGCGUCGCGCAAAGAGACGGAAGAAGUUAUAUUAAAAGCGGUCGAAAAUCUGCUCCGUAACACCGGCGUUAGUCCGAGUGAUAUAGGUAUAUUGGUGGUGAACUCAAGCACUUUCAAUCCAACUCCUUCGCUAUCAACGAUCAUAGUGAACAGAUAUAAGCUUAGGUCUGAUAUAAAGAGCUUGAAUCUUGGUGGGAUGGGGUGUAGUGCUGGAGUUAUUGCUAUUGAUGUCGCUAAGAGUUUGUUACAAGUUCAUAGAAACACUUAUGCUCUUGUGGUCAGCACGGAGAACAUCACUCAAAACUUGUACUUAGGUAACAACAAGUCAAUGUUGGUUACAAAUUGUUUGUUCCGGAUAGGCGGGGCCGCGGUUUUGCUUUCUAACUUGUCUAAAGACCGAAAACGCGCAAAGUACAAGCUUGUUCACACCGUGCGGGUCCACACCGGGGCAGAUGACCGAUCCUAUGGAUGUGCGUUACAAGAAGAGGAUGAAGAUGGCAUAGUUGGAGUUUCCUUGUCGAAGGAUCUACCUGUGGUAGCUGCAAGAACCCUAAAGAUCAACAUCGCAACGUUGGGUCCGCUUGUUCUACCGUUAAGCGAGAAGCUUCUCUUCUUUGUGACUUUCGUUAAAAAGAAGUUUUUCAACCCCAAGAUCAGGCAUUACAUGCCGGAUUUCAAGCUGGCUUUCGAGCAUUUCUGUAUCCAUGCUGGAGGUAGAGCACUUAUAGAUGAGCUGGAGAAGAAUCUUCAUCUAUCUCCGUUACACGUUGAGGCAUCAAGAAUGACGCUACACAGGUUUGGUAAUACCUCUUCAAGCUCGAUUUGGUACGAGUUGGCU